GUGGCCUGGACCGAUCAGUGGAACACUGUCCUGACUCUGAAUGAGGACAGAAUCAUUGAUGACGACCGGAUCAGCAUCUCGCGUCACCAUGACGACGAGUGGAAUCUGAAGUUUGAACACGUCAAGUAUGGCGACCAAGGCUUGUACACGUGCCAGAUAAACACCACUCCAACGCUCCACCAGUCGGUUAUGCUAUCUGUAGUAGUUCCGCCACGAAUAUCUGCCAGUGACAAUGACGGGACAGUGACAGUCGGCGAAGGUGAGAAAGCUACACUGACUUGUAAUGCUACAGGAAUACCCCGCCCAACAGUCACGUGGUACCGGCAGCCCAGCGUCAGAGGAGAACCUAUAGAGAGAAUCGGCUUCACGGGGGAGAUUCUGGUGAUACACAACGUGACCCGGUUCUGUGGUGGUCAGUAUGAGUGUCUGGCGGAGAAUGGAGUCUCGCCCAGUGUCCGACACACUACAGUUGUUCGGGUCAAAUUCCCCCCAGAAGUGUCUCUUGCAAACAAACGAAUGGGACAAGCAGUAGGAAAAGAUACGAUCCUGGAGUGUGUGGUUACAGCCUACCCUCAAGCUGAAGCCGCCUGGAUGUUCGGGGGCAAUAAACUAAGCCAUUCAGAUAAGUACAAAGUGGAUAUCUACACGCAACAGGAUGAUGAUACCAAGCUUAUCCUAAGUCUUAUCAUCAAAGACAUACAGAAAGAGGAUUAUGGCACAUACAGCUGCAUGGCUUCCAACGCCCUGGGUAAGGCCGACGAGAAAAUGGUACUUGUUGAACAUAAAGAAAGGACGAAACCACCACCCAUGACCACGCCAGCAACUACAACAUCAACUACAACAUUUCUGCCACACUACCUCGCCAGAACACCCCAGCCAGGAAUGCACCAAGGGACACAA